GAGGGCGAUAAGCUUGGUGAUGAGACCUUCAUGCCAAACUCGAUCGAAGGCUUGCUGGAUGUCAAGUAGAAGCAUAGAAGUGUUACGGAGCUUAUUUAUGCGUUCCAAAACACGGAGAAGUUGAUGGCCGUUUCUGUGCUGUCUUAUAGUGUUGAAAGUCGGGGAAUAGGUUGUUUCGCUUCACCUGAUCAAGAAGCCGAUCCAAUAGGAUGGAUUCCACUACUUCGCUUAGCGAACUGAACAGGCUAAUAGGCGUGCAGCUUGAGGGAGAGCUGAGGGGCUUCCCUUUUUGGGGAGACAGAUGACGGUGGCUUCUUUCCAGACCGGAGGGAAAUGGUGGAGCCGCAUGAUAGCGUUUAUGAUGUUGCAGAGUGCUUUGAUGGUAGAACUUUUAGGAUACCUUUGGGAAUACCGUCCGCUCCGGGGAUUUUCUCUUUUUGAGAGAUCGGAUGGAUCGGACGAAGUUUUGGGAAGCGACGUUGGUUCGUGAAAGUCGGCAAGGUCGACGGGACUGGGAAGUGGGGAGCAGUGGAGGCAGAGAGAGUCUGCGAAGAGUUUUCCUCAUCUGAAGUGAAUACGGAGCCGUUAAAAGUUCUCGUUGGAGGGCGUUUAGUUCGGUGCGGUGUGCGGGAUCACGGUGUUUUUUCCACAGACGGCGGGUUUUGUUUUUCCUCUUGAAGAUGGCAAGAAUGUCUGCGGGGAGGUGUUCCUCUGGAGAGGAGGAGAGGCUGGAGGUCGCGGAGAGCUCGAUGGCGCUGGUAAUCUGGUUUGAUAGGAGAUUGACAGCUUUGUUGAGUUCCGCUUUUGUGUGAAUUGAAGUGCACUUGAAGGAGGAAGUUUCGAGAAUGUAGCGAAGACGUAGCCAGUCUAGCGAAGUUAUAAGGUUUGGGGGGUUGAGGGUUAGGCGGCCGACUUCUAUUAGGGUAAAGUGGUCGGAGCUUAGAACGUCAAGAACGGCGGAAUCGUCAGAAACAGUGUCAUUCUGUAAGAUGAAGAUGUCAAGAAUGAAAGAAAGGAAGUUGCUUGUAAGGGGCGGGGAGGUACGUAGGAUCUCGGGGCAACGGCAAGAUUGGGUCAAGAAUAUUGGCAAGAAUGGAAAUGCCUUUUAUGUUAGUGUGUCGGCAACGUGUUUGGCAUUAAGAUCGCCUGCGACGAUCGUCGAGACGUUUGGAGGGGGAAAUCCGAAAUAUUUAGUUUCGGCGGGGGGGGGGGAAAGGAAAAUAAUUCCGAGGGGGCCGGAAGUUAGCGAGAAUUCAAUGCCAACUACUUCUAAUGAAUUAGUGGCCAAAGAGAUGGGCCUGUGUUUUAAAGAGUUCGGCUACGCCACCGCCUCGGGUGUUUUCAUUAUCCCUUCUGUAGGAAGAGAAGUUUGGGAUGAAAAGUAUGAUUUUCUACCGGAGUAGGGGAGGGUUUUUUGGAUGGU